AAGGGGUACAGAAGUAAGACGCAGUGGUCGUGGUUUGCCCACAGGGUUAGUCUUUUUGAUUGCGCAGCCUGUGUUGGCUUUUCUUCUGGUGCAUUUAUCCGUGGUUUUUGCUGAAAAAUACCGAGGAAUAGGAUAAGAACCCAUCCGUGGAAUGGAUGACGAACUAGAGGACCGGGUGCUGUAUCAAACGUACGCAACAUACAUGAAAUUCCUGUCGAAAAUCGCUUUGGGUGUUCCGCUCAACUUCACUUACAUGUUGAGGAUACUACGGCUGUACCUCACGAAGCCCGAAGUGAUCAUCUGCGGGCUCCUCUUUAUCGUCCUCAUUGUCUACUUGCAUGCCGUGGAAGUCUGGGGGAAGGAUUUUGUGGGGCGCAUCCAGAAAACACUCGGGUACUCGGCAAAAGCCACGAAACUCCUUGCGUCCUAUCCGGAUGCCCUGAUCACGGAACAACUCCAUCAAGCGAGUGCCUGUUUUGCAAUUCAAGGCAGAAGACCCGGAAUGGAGGACAGAUUUAUCAUCAAUGAGAACAUCAACAAAGGCACGGGAAUUGCUGUCUUUGCCGUCUUUGAUGGGCAUGCUGGUGAUUUGGCGGCGAACUACGCGAAAGAUGCCCUCAUGAAGAGUGUCCUGGCGAAGAUAGUAGAUGCUCAUGGCAUUCUAAAUGGCAAGGAACCUGAAAAUGUGGCAGAGAAAAAGUCCAAGCCAGAGGAAAUGGAUGAGAGUAACAAAGAGAAUGUUGCUGUGGACAAAAAUGCCUUAUCCCAGAGACGUUCAAGUUUCCGCAAGUCAUAUUCUUCCUUCACGGAGGACUGCAUACAAAAGGGGAACUGCAAGAAGGCUCCUGAGCCCGAUAUAUACAAUCUCAACGCACUCUGCCGACCUCUCACAAAAGAGAGUUUAUUGGGUCAAAAUAGCAAUUCCCAGAAGGCGGAAAGACCUCCAAUUCUCGAUGCAAAAUGCUACAUUGAGGGUGGGAAGAUAAAUUAUGGAAAACUCCUCACGGAUGAAGUUCUCGUGGCUGAUUAUGAUCUCUUGCAGUUGGCAAAGAAGUCCAGAAAUGUUUCUGGUACAACAGCCCUGAUUGCUGUUCUCGAUGGUACGAAGCUUGUUGUGGCGAAUGUUGGUGAUUCCAGGGGUGUAAUGUGCGAUGCAAAAGGCAAUGCCAUCCCCCUCUCAUUCGACCACAAACCCCAGCAAGUGCGUGAAAAGAAGAGAAUCGAAGAAGCAGGUGGUUUUGUUGCCUUCAACGGAGUCUGGCGUGUUGCUGGUAUCCUUGCGACAUCUCGAGCCAUGGGAGACUAUCCGCUAAAGGACAAGAACCUGGUAAUCGCAGAACCAGACAUCCUGACCUUCAAUUUGGCAGAUCACAAGCCAAUGUUCAUUAUUCUGGCUUCAGAUGGACUCUGGGAUACUUUUAGCAACGAGGAAGCAGUGUCCUUCAUCAAGAAGCGCCUCGAUGAACCCUAUUUUGGGGCAAAAAGCCUCACAAUGCAGUCAUACUAUCGUGGAUCCGUGGACAAUAUUUCGGUUCUUGUGGUUGUCUUCAAGAAUGGCACCUUCCGCGUAGGUUCCUCAGCAAGUGACUGAGAGAGUCCAGCUUUUAGCAAUUUGAGACUUGCGCCUUUUUUGGCCCUCCCACAAAAAAAAAUGCGGCCGCAUUGCCGUAAGAGUCAUUUAUUGUUUUUUUUUUUUAUUUUAACCCCCGGGGAAUCAACUUUCCCAACGCGAUAUAUUUUAAUCGUAAUCCCAUAAAGUUAUUGAUCUUACUAUUAGGCACGUACGUAGUGAAUUAUAGGGCACUUGUUUGUUUGCACGGUAAUCUUGAGCAACUCUAAAUGUACCACAUUGAUAUGUAGAUUUUGUAUUUAAGAGAAAAAAAGGAAAGAACAAACGAAAGCUACGGGAGCGUAUUGCUAUUUUUCUAAUAUAUUAAAUAAAUUAGGGAUUUGAGGGCAGAUUAAUUAUGAAUGAUCAAGAAGAAGAGAAUGUGACUUCUGUGGACUGAUCGAGGGCAGACUUUUUUUUUGUAAAAUAAUUGUAGGAAAAUUUUUUAAAAAUUCCUAUUGCUCAAACUGCAAUAGAUCACAACAACACACACUGUCCGUCCAAACGACAAACUCUCUUUUUUUUACCUAAAUAGCGCCGAAAAUGCAUGAAUAAAUUUUCAUUAAUCACAAAAUAAUACUUGAGCCAGAAACUUUUAAACUCACAAUUUUCUUUAAUUAAUUUAAAUUGUAUAUUGUUCAAUGGUGUACAAUAAUUUGUAAUAUUUAUUACAUUUUGUUCUCUCCCACGUUGUAUUUUUAAUGUGCCAAAAAAGGCAGAAUUCACAAAAUAAAUGGAAUAUUUAAUCAGGA